GUUGAAGAUCACUGUGAAAAUGUUCGAGGCACCUGCAACCUUGUAUCAAGUCGCAAGUGUAACAAAAGAGCUCAAUGGCUACAGCUAUCUGCAAAAAGCAUUGGUGGAGGAUGCAAAAUCUGAAACAGCACGAAGGAAAGGUGCCCAAGAGCUCUGGAUGAAAGAUCGGAAGGAGGAGGAAAAAGGAAGUUUUGAUCAACCAGAGGAAGAUUUUACAGUAGCAAACUUUAGGAGAAAAUCCUUGGUAGAAGAUGCCAAAAUUGAUACAGCUCGAAACAAAGAAGCUCAGGAGAAUUGGAUAAAGGAACUGAAAAAGGAUGGAACAGAAAAUUUUGACCUCACAGAAGAAGAAGUUCUGAUUUUGAGCCAGCUCCCCAACUGUGAAUCAAGUGAUAAAAAUUUAACGACUGUUAUAUUCUCCACGCAAGAUGGCUUAUCUUCUCUUCCGGAAAUUCUGAAAUGUAUUGAGAGAUGCAACGGAUGCAUUCAGCAUUUGGAGACGAGACCUUCUCGCAGCCAGAAAAUGUGUUUCGAAAUUCUCUUGAAACUAGUGAUCCAAAGAGCAGAUUUACUUAACCUCAUCAAAACGGUACGACAGAGCGAUAAUGCGUCUGUUUCUAUCGUCGCUAACGAGAAAUUGUACUUCAAAGAAAUGUGGUAUCCAAAGCAUAUCAGUGAUCUUGACUUCUGCACGCACAUCUUGUCUAAGUUCGAACCCGAUUUGGAUAAAACCCAUCCUGGGUUUUGUGAUAUUGUUUAUAGAGCAAGAAGAAAAGAGAUAGCAGAAAUUGCAUUUGACUAUAAAUAUGGUCAACCCAUACCAAAGGUCCAUUACACAGAUGAAGAAAUUAAAACAUGGGGAACCGUUUUCAAACAGCUCCGUAGCCUUUAUGGGAAGUAUGCCUGCACGUCAUUCCGAAAAGUGUUCUCUCUUCUCGAGAAAGAAUGCGGUUACAAGCCAGAUAACAUCCCGCAACUGCAAGAUGUCUCGAAUUUCAUCAAAAGGCGCACUGGCUUCACUUUGCGACCAGCCGCGGGCCUUUUAAGCGCUAGAGAUUUCUUGUCCAGCUUGGCGUUUCGAGUGUUCCAGUGCACACAGUACGUGCGUCAUAGUUCCUCUCCCAUGCAUUCGCCAGAACCAGAUUGCAUUCACGAGCUCCUGGGACAUAUCCCCAUGUUUGCGGAUCCUGAUUUUGCGAGGUUUUCUCAAGAGAUCGGACUCGCGUCUUUGGGGGCAUCAGACGAAGAAAUUGAGAAAUUAGCGACGGUUUAUUGGUUUACUGUUGAAUUCGGUCUUUGCAAAGAAAAUGGGGAAAUUAAAGCGUAUGGCGCUGGUUUGCUGUCAUCGUAUGGAGAAUUGCUGCAUGCUCUUUCGGACAAACCAAGUCUAAUUCCAUUUAAUCCGGAAACGACGGCCCUACAACCAUACCAGGAUCAAGAGUACCAAGAUACAUAUUUUGUAUCAGAAAGCUUUCAAGAUGCUCAAGAUAAAGUCAGAAAAUAUGUUCAAGAACAUAUGACGAGGCGAUACGAUUUCAUGUAUGAUCCUUUCAUCGAAUCAGUCAUUGAAGUCGAUUCCCUGCAGAAAAUCGAAGGCCUGACUGAAGUCAUGAGGUCUGAAGUUGUUGUUUUGUGCAAUGCCAUCGGAAGAUUGAAAUGCUACGAAUUUAGUGAAUUUAAAUGAACAGUGGAACAUAUCAGCUCGUGGUUUAUUUUAUCUGCAGAAGUUUUCAUUACUUUUUUCUCAUUGUCAAGACCGACAAGCUACAUAUUUGGGUGUCGCAUAAAUGUUGGUACAAACUUGUAGGAGAUGCAAGCAAGAAGAUUCAUUUUAUUGAUAUAACUGAACAUAUUGCAUAAUUAAUUUAUAAAAUAUAGUCUUCUUAGUUGAAAGAGAAAAAUAUUACUACGCUAUUUGAUUUGUUUAUUUUCUUGUUAAUACAUUAACUUAAAACUAGUUAUAUAUUAUUUUGCAGUUGCUCAAUUAUUUAUGCGAACAAAGUAUAGCUAUUUAUUUUUUUGACUUAGGCAAAUUAUGAGGUCCGCGAACUAACGUUGAGAACAAAUUAGCUGCCCUAGUUGAAAUGUUUUCUUUUUUUUUUUAAUUUUAAGACACUAUAGUAAAAUAAAACAGAGAUCUUAUUUACUCUAAAAGCAACCACCAACCUGCGGCACAAGGAGUGCAUGCGACCCGCCAAGUUUUUCUAUCUGGUCAGAUCCGAAGACAAGGUCGCCGCGAGCCGAGGCGGCUCCCUGGUCAGUUUGGUCGCCGAACUCCCCUCCCACUUAAAACUAUUAAAAUUUAUACUACUCCGAUUUGAAAACGGACCUUCUCAAGGGCAGGGCCCCCAGUUUCCGACAGGACUGACAUGGGCUCUCGUCGGCCAUGGAUCCAGUCGAAAAAGGGUAAGAUUAGCUUGGAACUGCCCAAUGGCGAAUCGGUGUCACUUAGCACCAUAAAAAAUAACUUCAUUAUUCAGAAAAGCGUUCUGCAAGAAUUCCAAGAAUUCAAAAGCACACUCUUUUCACUCUAGGGUCCCCCGUACUUACCACUAUUUAUAGUUUAACCAGUUGGAUGGGUCCCUGAAGACAGCUCUAGUUUUUGAUCCAGACCAGAAGCCGAGCAAUAACUGGUCCAGCCGCUCCUGAGGUAUCGUUUCACUUAGAGGAUUUUGGGACGAAGAGCAUAUUUAACGUCUCCCAGUCACCAUUAAUGACUUAAUUAAGUUAUUAAUGUUGACCCUAUUCAAAAGACCAAAAGUUUCCACCACCCAAUAGGCCACCACGGCCCUAUUCAAAAACACAAAACUCUCCCCUUUGCCAACGAAAUGCUUUGAAACAGUUAACUUAAACCAGACUUAACAAUAUUGAAGCACAAAAAUCGGCGCUACGCUCGUUUUUUACCAAUCAGAAACUUUUUUUUUUUUUAAAGCCGUCUUGAAUUUAUGACAUUAAGCCAAAGUCAGCAAAGAAGCAUUGUUUUAUUAUAUUGACAAUUUUAUUACAUUCGCAGUAUUUAAGAGGAAGACUAGGAAUGCAUUAAGUUAACUUUUUCUAUGCGUUCAGUAUCUAAAAGGAAAAUUCGAGCAUCAAAAGAGGGCUACUUCUACCCUGGAAUGCUACGUGAUUCCGAUUCUUAAUCCCUACAUCUCCUGCAAGUUAGUAACAACAUUUAAGUGACAUCUGGCAUAGAAUGCAGAUUAGUGUAUAGUUUCGGGCAGGAGACACAAAAUACAAAGUGUUUUGUAACAGAAAAGAGAAAAUGCUUGAUAUUUUACUAUUUAUUUAUUAUUUUUGAAUCUUACAUGUAAAUUACCGUUGGUUUGAUUUUUUUCAAAAUAUCAAUAAUCGUCUUAUGGUUAGCGUUGCGUGUUCUAUUUAUUCUUCUUGUUGGUUGGAUUCGUAUUGUACAAAUUAUGUUUUUAAAAAUUGAAAAUAUUUUGUUUAUAUUAAUAAUAUUAAGAUAAAACCUC